AUCUAAUUACUAAUAGCUAGUAGUCAAAGAAAUAUAGUUUUCUUCAUUUUCCAUUUCACAGCGAUCAUCAUCUCCUUCUUCAUCGAUCUUUAGCUCUAAUGUCGUCUGCUUCUACAGAAAAUCGUAGCCUUUGGACAGAGAUCGGAGAAUCAAAAAGGAGCAUAUUGAAAGCAAAUUGUGGCCAUUUUCAUACUCUUUCAAUCCUCUUCCUCUUGCCUAUCUUUUUUUCUCUCGCCGUUUAUCCUUCUUUCCACCUCGCUCUCUUUCAUCCCGAUUACGAUUUCACCACUUUCACUCAAUUUCCUCAGUCCCAUCUUUUCCUUUCAAAAUUCGAAAUUAUUGUACCCAUAGUAUAUACUCUGUUUCUGGUCCUUCUUUUCCUCUUUGCUGUAGCCACAAUUACAUACAGCGCGCUUCAUGUAUCCUAUGGUAGACCUAUCAGCCUCGUUUCGUCUAUUAAAUCUAUCAGAAAUUCCUUCUUCCCCCUUCUCUCCACCUUUAUCGUUUCGGAAGCCAUUUUCAUUUCAAUCACUCUCGUUUUCACUCUAGUCUUUGUUUUUUUAGUCCAGGUUCUUCAAACUCUUGGAUUAAUUGAACUUAAAUACGACUCGAAUCACUUCUUGUUUUUGGUUAUUCCUGUGUUGAUUGUGCUCGUGCCAGUUUUGAUAUGGUUGCAGAUUAAUUGGUCAUUAGCUUAUGUGAUAGCAGUAGUGGAAUCCAAAUGGGGUUACGAAUCAUUGAGGAGAAGUUUCUAUUUGGUGAAGGGGCGGAGAUGGGUAGCUUUUGGGAUACAUUUGUAUUACGGGCUUUCAAUGGGAAUAAUGAUGGUUUGUGGUUCAAUGUUUUUAGUCAUUGCGGGUGCAGCGAAGGGUAUUCAAUGGAUGAGCUUGGGCGUGAUACUGUGGACUGCGCUAGUUUCAGUGAUGGGAUAUCUAAUGAUGAAUCAGUAUCUUGUGGCGAAUGUGGUGUUGUAUAUGAAAUGCAAGGACUUAAACUGUGAAAAAUUGCACUCGGAAACUAGCGAUUUUGCUGGCGAGUAUGUUUCCCUGCCCUUGGAUGAAUAGAAUAAUCAUGCUAAUGGAUAAUUUGUAAACAGUUUUGAUUAAUGUGUGUUCUAGUAGAUGGUUCUCUUUUUUCUUCUUGUUGAAUUUGAAUAAACACAGUAGUUGUAAUUAAUAUGUAUUACAGUGAACAAUAAUGGAGUAUAUGUUAUAUGUAUA